AUGUUAUUUGGUGGCUCUGAAGGAUGUAGAUAUAGACAUGUUCAAAUGAACCCAACGAGAACAGAGUACCGUGAGGUGAACGGAGUCGUGAAUAGCAUUAAUAUUAAGCCGUCUUUCAAAUGGUUUGUAUUUGGCCCAGCUGUAGGCGGGUUUUUAGUUUUUCCGGCCGAGUCUUUUCCAGCAACUUUCUCCAAAGAUUCUUUAUUUGGAAAGUUCCCAUAUCUUCUACCAGUAUUUAUAACUUUCGUUAUGUUGGUCAUAUCCUUGUUUCUGACCUUAGUGAACAUCCCAGAGACUCUUAAAAGAGAGAAGGCUAAUGAAAAGAUAAACUUGCUGAAUGACAUUGGCAGUAAAUCAAAAGAAGGAUCGCCUCGUAGAUCGAGAAAAUAUUUGCAGACACGUCCAGCCUCAACAUGUUGCCGAGGCUUGAAGGAGUCGUCGUUAUGGCAACUGAUGAAGAUAAGAAACGUGCAGCUAUCCCUGGCGCUCUAUGCUGUAUUCUCUUUCAUUGCAACUGGGUUCGAUGAAACAUUUCCUGUCUACGCAGACUCAUCUAAGAUUUACGGUGGCCUAGGGUUCGCGUCAAAUCAGAUAGGGACAGCCACUCUCAUCGCAGCCGCGCCUUUGGUCGUGUUGGUUUUCUUCAUUGCAAGGCUCCAACGCGGAUUUGACAACAAAAUGUUUUUGAUUGCUGGGUUGUAUCUGCUCGUGCUCAUUAUGCCACUUUUUGCAUUCAUUGGCUAUUUACCGUCCAGAUAUGUAUGGUUCGCGCUUAUUCCAUUUUUGUUCAUCGUGAGGUUAACAUUCGCCUGCUGCUCUAUUGUAAUCAAUGUAACACUCAAUUCUGCUGCUGACCCAAAGUACAUGGGCCUUGUCAAUGGACUGGGAAUGAUAGCGUCAUGUGUCUUCCGCUCAAUUGCACCCGCCUUACUCGGCUCCCUCUACUCUUGGUCGCUAACGAAUGAGGGAACAUUGGGGUAUCCAUUCAACCAUCACUUCUCCUUUGUUCUGACUGGGUUCGCUGCUCUUAUCACGUUGGUAAUUGCAGUAUUUUUGCCUGAUCAAAAGUAACCAAUCACACAGUUCGAAUGACGAAGGCCCAGAAUUAGACACCAAGAUUUAGAGUGAAUCGUCACAUUUAGCGAUUGUCAAAUACAUCCAUGUAAAUCUGAUCUUAUGAAUAGAUGCAAGUCCAUGUAAGUCCAAAAAUUUGUUAUAUUUAUUAACUUCUAUAGUAAUACUGCAGAUUUUUCCGCCAUGUUAUUAACUUGUUAUUAAUUACGACCAAGAAAGCUGAUUUGUCAGAUGGUAGGCCUAAAACCGCCCCGCUUCCAAAAAUCGACUUCUUUGGACAGUGAACGGAUAAGAAUCCCACAAAGCGGGGGAGAUCGUACUGAAAUUUUUAUAUACGGUGGGUCCAUCCGCAAUUGAUAGGCUGAACAUAAUAAUCUUUUGUGUAAAUGAAGAAAACGCCACUGUAGCAGGCUGCUCGACUGACUCCAAGGAGUUCUUGCGGCGAACCUUUCCUGAUUUACGUGUUUUUAUUGUUGUUUAUUCUCGGCGUAUUGCGGUGUUUCAUAUUUGCUACAUAAUAUUCUUUCCCUGUCUUUCAGAGCCCAAAUUACCGAAAUUCAUAUAUUUACUUAGUUUUGUCUUGUUGUAUCUUACUUUAGAUGAAAGAUUUCAGAUAUGCCCCCUUUUUAAGUAUGCCUCAGAAUUUGUGGGCUAAGAAUUUUUACGUAUGACAAAAUUUUUUAUGGAGUUUUAAAAUUUUGACACAUAAACAAACAUAUUACCAUAAAUUUUUUGAAAUAUUUUAUAUUUGAAUAUUCGAAAGAACUAUUUGUGUAGAUUUGCCUAGCAUUGUAAAAUUACGCUUAUGUUUUGUUAAUCAUUUCGUACAUAUUUGACUGGUUUUUUAUUUUCAUUUCAUACGCAAAUUUCAAAAUGUUUGCUUUUCCA